AUGUCGCGCAAGAUCGAUCAGUUACCCGAGCCUACUGUCAGACACUCGAUGAAAGUGGUUGUUGCCAGUCCCAGUCGAUCGGGAACCCUGGGUCUCUAUCGAGCAAUGCAAAUUUUAGGUUACAAGGCAUACCAUUUAUUUGAAUGUGUCAUUGUGCGAGGAAAAGAUCAUAUGGAAGUCUGCGAAGAGGCUGUCAUCGCCCAGAACAACCGGUUCUCCGGCAUGAAGCGUUACGAUCGGGCGGACUUUGAUAAAUGGUUUGCUGACUACAACUGUCUGGUUGAAAUACAAUCAUUUCUAGGCCCGGCGAUCAUCGAGGCGUACGUCCAGGACCCGGAUGUGAAGUUUAUCUUAGUGGAGAGAGAGCCGACGAAAUGGGUCGCCUCACUGAACAAUACCGCGGGAGGUCUAAUGAAAGCUCUGCAUGGCUUUCCUCUUGUGUUUCUGAAGUACUUCGACUCCAUACUCUACCGAUUUGUUACUCUCAACCAAACCUGUCUAUGGAGUUUCUCGGACCGCAACAACCCCACAGAUCCGGAUUUUGAGGUCGCGCUGCGCAGAAACUAUGCGGAAUAUAUUAACAUGGUGAAGCGAACAGUCCCAGCUGACCGGAUGUUGCAUAUUCACCUCGAGAAUGGACUCGGCUGGGAAGAGAUCUGUCCAUUUCUCGGGGUGCCAGUUCCCGAAGAGGACUAUCCAGAUCGGAACCAGCCUGCAAGGUUUCAGGCCCUCGCAGGGGAAUUCCUCAAGCCUCAUGUCACUACAGCUAUGACUCGGCUUACUUUCAUUGCUGUGCCGUCGUUAGGUGUCAUGGGCUGGGCGGCACUGAAGUACGGACCAUCGCUGGUGAAUGCCAUAGGGAGAAAAUAUUGA